AUGGAAUACAUGUCUAGAAUCAUGAGAGUUGUGAGCACUCGGCCAGGAUUUAAGCAUCAUGAUAGGUGUACUCCAUUAAAGCUUAAUCAUUUGUGCUUUGCUGAUGACUUAUUACUUUUUUGCCAUGGUAAUUAUGUCUCCAUACUCUUAAUGCUACAAGGGUUAAAGAUUUUCUCCUCCACGUCUGGUUUAGUUCCAAAUGAAGAGAAAACAGCAGUGUUCUGUAGUGGAAUGAAAGAUGAUGAAGUAAAGAGAGUACUAGAAGUAUCAGGGUACAUAAGGGCCAGUCUUCCUUUUAGAUACCUUGGUAUUCCAAUUUUUUCUAAGAAAAUCUCUUCAGCCGACUGUAAAGGUAUCCUUGAGAAGAUGGUCGCGCGUAUUAAAGUAUGGAGCUCGAGGAACUUAUCCUAUAUGGGAAGAAUAACACUCAUCAACUCGGUGUUAAAGUCUAUUCACUCAUAUUGGGCUCAAAUCACAAUCUUGCCCAAGAAACUGCUGAGGGAUGUGGAGAGCAUUUGUAGAGCAUUUCUUUGGAAAGGCAUGACAAUCAAUUCAGGGCGUGGAUUAGUAGCAUAG